AUGCGGCCCUUCUCUUCUCCUUCUCCCUUUACGUGGGUGACUUGCACCCUAGCAUUUCUUCCGGCAGUUCUUACCACGCCCCUCCCAAAGCGGACACAGGGCGUCUCGAUGGGGUUGGAUACAGACUUCCCAGACCCAAGCUUCCUUAAAGCCCAGGAUGGGAAAUGGUAUGCGUUUGGGACAAACGGAAAUGGCAAACGUAUACAGGUUGCUUCCUCAGACGACUUUUCGUCCUGGACGCUAUUGGAUAUCGAGGCCCUCCCCACCCUCUCAUCCUGGGAGACGGACAAGGAACACUACGCUCCGGACGUGAUUUUGCGUGAUGAUGGAAAAUACGUGAUGUACUAUUCGGGUGAAGCCAAAUCCGAUAUUGGCCACCACUGCGUAGGCACCGCCAUUGCGGAUAAGCCUACGGGACCAUAUGUCCCCAGCGACACGCCAUUUUCCUGCCGGCUUGAUCAGGGCGGAUCCCUCGAUCCAGCAGGAUUCGAAGAUGCAGACGGUACUCGAUACGUUACAUUCAAAGUCGACGGCAACAGUAUUGGCCAUGGCGGCGACUGCAACAAUGGAAUCGCCCCUCUAGUCCCCACGCCUAUCUUGCUGCAAAAGGUCCAACCCGAUGGUGUUACUCCUAUCGGCGAUGCUGUGCAAAUUCUGGAUCGCAGCACGGCCGAUGGUGAUGGGCCACUUGUGGAAGCGCCGAGUCUGGUGCUGCAUGAUGGAACUUAUUUCUUGUUCUAUUCGACGCACUGCUAUACUGAUGAGGCUUACGAUGUGCGAUGGGCUACUGCUACCAAUAUUACGGGCCCGUAUACAAAGACGAAUGUUGAGCUGCUGAAGACGGGGGAUGGCCUCAUUUCGCCUGGUGGAGCGACGGUUUGUGGGUGUGGAGAUCGAAUGCUUUUCCAUGGGUGGUGUGAUGACUCGAAGAAGCAGCGCUGCAUGUACCAUGCAGGUGUUGACCUGAGCGGACAGACAGCGAAUAUUGUUUAA